AUGGCGACGUGCGACGCAAUAACCGUGGAUAUCCCCUACGUCCGGCGCGACGACCAAGGCAAGAUCCCGAACCAUGCGCAAAUGUUUUCUCACGACGCCGAGUUCCUCGACCUGCAGCCGGCCGAGGUCCGCAACGCCCGAGCAACGGACCGAGAGUUUUCCAUUCCCAAAAACGGGUUCCAAUACGCGCGACUGACCGGUCCUCCGGAAAUUGACUACUUGGACGACGACCAAGUGAGAAAUACGUACUUCCCGGAGCUUGAGAAGCUGGUCAAAGAGCAUACAACGCUGACGAGUCUGGCCUCACCUGGUAGGCUCGGCGCGUCUGUGGUCAAGGCAUUCCACCACGUGGUGCGCAAUGUCACCUACGAGGACGGGAUGGCCUACACCCGCAAACAUCGCUGCCCGGCUCGGAGGCCGCACGUCGACGUGACCAGCAAGUUCGCUCCCAUCCUGAUGAGCUGGGACUGCCCGGAGAUGCACGCCGAUGUGCACGACAACGGGAAGCACUGGCAGAUGGUCAACGCGUGGAGGCCGCUGAAGACGGUGCGCAAGAACCCCGUCACCGUGGCCGACACGGCGUCGAUGGCCUGGGAGGACUACCUGACCGUCCCGCAGCCCGAGGUCGGGCCCGGCGUCGAGGGCUACUGGCUGCAGAGGCCGCAGGACGCGGAGAGGCGCCACGAAUGGUGGUACAUGGCGGACCAGACGCCCGAGGAGGUUUUGCUCUUCCUGCAGCAUGAUUCCGGGGGUGCCCAGGUGGUGGGACACACUUCUUUCACGCAGCCUGGGCCGGCGCCAAAGGAGCCGAGGGAGAGCAUCGAGGUCAGGUUGUUUGUCGUUUACUGA